UCAACCCGUGUUCAAGUUCCAGCGCUCCAUCCGAAAUCCAAAUCUAGGGUUAGGGAUGAGGGAUCGAGUGAGGAAUAGGAUCCCAAGGAAUUCCUAAGAGAGAACCCACCACCAAAAUCCCAGCUUCCGGUGCGUGCCGGCGGCGGCGGAUUCGUAGCAGCACUGCUCCGGAUCGGCAGCCACCACUAAGCUCCGGCCGCCGCAAUGGGGGCCUCGAGGGCAGCACCUCUGCGGGGGAAGCUCGGCAGCCUGCAGCUCUCCGAGGCCGAGAAGAAGGGGGUCAGGAUCACCGGCAAGCAGCAGCAGCAGCAGCAGCCAUGCCCCUCCCCGCAGGCGAGCGGCGGCAAGAUCCAGGCGGUGGGCAAGCUGCUCUCGGAGAAGCCGGCCAUAGCGCAGCAUGUGGGGACGUCUCUGGGGGCGGUCUGGAGCCCCUCCUUCGGGGUCAAAUGCGAAGACCUCGGCCGGAAUCGGUUCCUCUUCACCUUCCGCCACGAGGCCGACAAGGAGAAGGCUCUGGAUGCCGGGCCCUGGAGCUUCGCCGGUCAUCUGUUGGUGAUGGAGGAUUUUGCGCCCGGAGCCACCACCGUGGACGAGCUCAGGUUCGACACGGUGCCUGUCUGGGUCAGGGCGUACGGCGUCCCGGCCGGGUCGAUGGGCAGGGAGACCGGGGAGCUGGUUGGUGAGCAGGUUGGGAAGGUUCUCGAGGUGGAUACAGGCGCGAAUGCCGACUCGACGGGGGCGUUGUUCAUGCGGAUCAAAGUGAGAAUGGACAUCACCAUGCCGAUUAUGAGGUUUGUAACAUGCUUUAUUCAUGAUGAUGAAGACGAUAUGAUGGCGCUUGGGGACGAUGAAAAGGAGGAGGAGAAGAUUGUCGCCUUCACAUACGAGAAUAUCCCUGACUUCUGCUAUGGCUGUGGAAUUCUUGGGCAUACAGAGAAGUCAUGUCCGACUGGAUCCACAAGAACGGGGCCCCGGCAGUUUGGGCCAUGGCUAAGGACAGUUGUUAUCAACAAGGGGGCCUCAGGUGAAGAGAGGACCAGACGCUCAAAGGACAAAGCAAAAUUCUGGCCAAGUAGCAGUAUAAGCAGUAAACAGGGUAGCGAUGGGCCGUCUUGGCGGAAAGAUGUACCGGGCACAGAGGACGAUCAAGGGGUCCAGAACAAAGUAGAAGAUAAAGUUUAUAAGGCUGUAAAAAGUUUGAAGCAAGGUACUUUGAAGAGGAAGAAAGGAAUCCAGCAAAAUCAAUCAAAUAUUUUGACAGAAUCAAAGAAGAGGAGGGCUCAUAUAAUGAAUGUCGAUGAGGUGAUAGCAGUAGCGAACAAGGCGAAGAUGGAAACUGAUGGGGGUGAAGAAAAAGAAGAAAAUGCUAAAUCAGAAAUGCUCAACGCCGGGCUGCUGGGACAGCCUGGCGAGUCCAAAUGAGAAUCCUAGUGUGGAACUGCCGGGGAUUGGGGAAUGGCCCGGCAGUGAGAGGUCUUUUGGAUCUCCAGGAGCAGGUUGACCCCAACAUCCUCUUAUCUGAAACUGAACUCGAUAAGAGGAGGAUGGAGAAGUUCAAGUGGAUGCUAGGAAUGGGGAACAUGAUGGUUAGAGAUUGUGAAGGAAAGAGUAGAGGAGUGGCGUUGAUACAGAAGAAAGAAGUUAAGCUGGAACUUCACAACUACUCUAGGUAUCACAUUGAUGCUAAACUAGUGGAAAAAGAUCGUUUCAAAUGGCAUUUCAAGGGCAUUUAUGGAGAUCCUGUUAGUGCUAAAAGGAGGAUAACUUGUAACUUAUUGCACAUCCUCAGUCAGCAGCUUAACCUCUCAUGGUUGUGCGCUGGCGACUUUUAACAAGAUCAUGUAUAAUCAUGAGAAGAAGGUAUAUGCUCAGUCAAAUCUGCAUAAAGAGUUGUUCUGGUUGUUGCUGAGUCAAAUGGAAAGUUUUAGAGCGGCUCUAGCAGACUGUGGAUUGAGAGAUUUGGGCUAUGUGGUGGAUAAAUACAUGUGGCACAAUCAUAGGUGGUGAUUAUGGUAUAACAAAAGAUGAAGAAGCAUGUGGUUUUAAUUGGCCAAAGUUGUGGUCGCUUCCCCUUCCAAACAAGAUUCUUCACUUUUUAUGGCACCUGUCUACAGACAGUUUACCCAUGCGCAUGAAGCUUCAACACAGAGGGAUGCAUGUAGGCACUCGCUGUCCUGUUUGCUUUCAUUUGGAUGAGGAUAGCGGACAUUGCUUCAUUAAGUGUAAGAAGGUUAAAUUAAUGACACCCUGAAAAACAGGAAACGGCAAAGAAAGCCCAGUUGGGAGCAUGUUAGAUUACAGUUCUGUCAUGUGUAGAUGUUUUGAGUUGUAUGGGGAAAAUCCUGAGCCUCAACGAGGAAAGAAAGCUUAAAUCUUGCUUUCUUUUCUUUGGCGUAGGUGGCAUGAAAGGAAUAGAGCAAAUGUAGGACGUUUUAUUAGAUCUUCUGAUGAAAUAUGUCAUACUAUUGAUUUUCUUUUUAUGCAUCUCUUUAAGGUUGAGCAAAUGGUGGUGGGGUAGGCAAAAGCAGCAGCAAAAGGAAAGAUGGUCCAGGCCUCCACCGGAAAUUUUGAAAAUCAAUACGGACGGCGCUUCCUGAAAGGAACAACAAUUCUGGAGCAAGUCUCGGAUGCGUUUCAUUCGGAGGUUUUGGGUAUCUUUUAUGCCAUAAGCACAGCCAUCCAAAUGGGCUGUAAUCAAGUGAUCGAUGGUGGAAACUGACUCUGCAAGAGGUUUUGGGUAUCUUUUAUGCCAUAAGCACAGCCAUCCAAAUGGGCUGUAAUCAAGUGAUCGAUGGUGGAAACUGACUCUGCAACUGAAGGGUGCGGUAUGCACUGAAGAAUAUGAUAUGUGGACUAUGCGAGCUAUUUUCAUAGACAUUUCCAGUUGCGUGUGGGCUUCAACGAUGUAUCAAUUGUGUCAUGUCCCCGGUCUUGUAAUACACUGUUUGCCAGUUUCCAGAUUUUCUAAAUUGCAAGCUCUUCAUGAAUUCCA